GCAGAUCCCUCCCCUUUUAGGCGGGGCUUAAGAACCCGCGGGCAGCGGGCCACGGCCGCCUAUCUGCUGUUGGUGCUUGUUUAGGUGCUGAGGCGGCGACUACUCUGGCGGCGCCAAGGCCAAGCCCCAGGUGGAGGUAAAACUCCGCCGGCGCCCUCUCCGUGUUGCGGCCCGGCGUGGCGGCCCCUUGCAGUGGUCUGGAAGGUCGCGGCGGAUCUGCGCAGUGCCAGGGUGAGGAUGCGGCUCUUCUUUAGGCUGCUCAAGCAGCCGGUGCCCAAACAGAUCGAGCGCUACUCCCGCUUCUCUCCGUCGCCGCUCUCAAUCAAACAGUUCCUGGACUUCGGAAGAGAUAAUGCAUGUGAAAAAACUUCAUAUAUGUUUCUGCGCAAGGAGCUUCCUGUACGACUGGCUAAUACAAUGAGAGAAGUUAAUCUUUUGCCAGAUAAUUUGUUGAACCGCCCUUCGGUGGGAUUAGUUCAGAGUUGGUACAUGCAGAGCUUCCUUGAACUUUUAGAAUAUGAAAACAAGAGCCCAGAAGACCCACGGGUUUUAGAUAACUUUCUCCAUGUUCUGAUUAACAUCAGAAACAGACACAACGAUGUUGUUCCUACAAUGGCCCAAGGCGUGAUUGAGUACAAGGAAAAGUUUGGGUUUGAUCCAUUUAUUAGCAGUAACAUCCAAUAUUUCCUGGAUCGUUUUUAUACCAACCGCAUUUCUUUCCGCAUGCUUAUUAACCAACACACACUCCUGUUUGGUGGCGACACUAAUCCUGCUCAUCCUAAGCACAUAGGGAGUAUCGAUCCCACCUGUAAUGUAGCUGAUGUGGUGAAAGAUGCAUAUGAAACAGCUAAGCUGCUCUGUGAACAGUAUUACCUGGUAGCGCCAGAGCUGGAAGUGGAAGAAUUCAAUGCCAAAGCACCAAACAAACCUAUUCAGGUAGUUUAUGUGCCGUCACAUCUGUUUCACAUGCUAUUUGAACUGUUCAAGAACUCGAUGAGAGCAACAGUUGAACUACAUGAAAAUAGAAAAGAGGGCUACCCAGCUGUUAAAACUCUCGUUACUCUAGGUAAAGAAGACUUGUCCAUUAAGAUAAGUGACCUAGGUGGUGGAGUCCCACUUCGAAAAAUAGACCGUCUUUUUAACUACAUGUAUUCCACUGCUCCUCGACCCAGCCUGGAGCCUACAAGAGCUGCUCCCUUGGCUGGAUUUGGUUAUGGCUUGCCAAUUUCUCGACUGUAUGCCAGAUAUUUUCAGGGAGAUCUAAAACUGUAUUCCAUGGAAGGAGUUGGUACCGAUGCCGUCAUUUAUCUGAAGGCCCUUUCAAGUGAAUCAUUUGAGAGGCUGCCCGUUUUCAAUAAGUCUGCAUGGCGCCAUUACAAGACAACUCCCGAAGCUGAUGAUUGGAGCAACCCCAGCAGCGAACCAAGGGAUGCAUCAAAAUACAAGGCUAAACAGGACAAGUUCAAGACUAAUAGAACUUUGUAGAAAACCGAGUGCUGUGGUCAUCUCUGAAGAAAGAUUAUCUUCUUCUGCAAGUUAACCAGAGACCCUUAUUCUACCAACUCUUAACUGUGGCACUAUUGUUAUUCCCAAUGCUUGAACAUGUUGCUUCCUUUAUAUUGGCUUAGUGUUUCCAUGGAGCCCUUCCUGUAGUUAACCCACUCAGACCUUCCACUAAAGUUGUAACCUGAGCAAUUU